CAGGCAUUUCUGAAGGCCGCUGACGAGGUCAAGAAAUUGACUAAAGAACCGAGUGAUCCUGACAAAUUAGAGGUUUAUUCUUUAUACAAGCAAGCUACCGUGGGAGACUGCAAUACAGGUAAAAUUAUUAUGAUAUUGUUUUUUUGUUACACAAGAAAAAGCACAGAUUUGUCAUCCCUGCCUCUUGAGCUAAUCCUUGUCUUACUACCACUCGAUACCACACUCUGAAACGUUGAGAAUCUUCUGUAAAAAGAUCAAAUUCAUAAUCACGAUGUAGUGCAUAAAGUGCUGAGUAGAGUCGUUUAUUAGCUUUGAAAUUUAUGUAAAGGAACUGUUCAAAUUUACACGAUUUUAAGCUCAUGCGUUUAGCUUUAGGCAGUAAAUUUACUUCAGAAAUGUCAAUUGUGGACCUUGGACUUCGGUCUACGGACUUGAACUGAUUUAAAGUGGCUUUAAAAUAUAUAAUAUUUCACUUACUAGAACGUGUUGCAUAGAUAAUUAUUGAGGCGAAUAACAUCUCAGUUUUGCUUCUGUUAUGCCAUCUCCACGAUCAAGUUCAAUUUUUGUUGUGAGGCCUGAUUCAGACCUGUUUCAGGCUUUGCGAGUGUGUUUUUUGGUAAAUUGAACAAAUUAGAACAAAUGGUAAACACGAUUCCAGGGCAAAAUUACCUAUCCUGAAUUUUGCUUACCAUUAUAUUUUACCCAAACCAUGAACCAACUGGUUUGCCCAUGUAAAUAAUAAAUAACUAGAGAUUUAUCAUGUGGAUAGCAUCACCUAAAUUUUGAAUGACCAGGUCCUGCCUUAUCCUGAAUGAAGAACAUUUUUGUGCCAGGGGUAGGGUUUAUGGGUGGGGAAAACUGAAAAGAGUUGCACUUUUCAGCUGACACUGACAACUGUCAAUGUAGACAAGUUACAUUGUUUUCUGCAGGAAAAUAUUGCUCUCUCCCUUACCCUCUCUGUCCAAGUGGACAAGCAAUAUCAUUUUUGAAUUAAAAUCUAUAUACUUGUAGCAUGAUAAAACAGCCAACAUCUUGUGACACCACCACUUCUUUCCUCUGCAAAAUGACAUCUGAGAAACUAGUGUAGAAAUUCCAUACUGAUGACACGUAACUACAUGUACUUAGAUCUGGUAGUGCUUCUGAUUGGUUGAAAAUUUGCUUCAACUAAUAAAUUAUUAGUCAAUUAUUAGAAGCGUUACCCAAGAGUUAACCCUUGCAAAGACUUCUGGGACUGUUAGUGGAGACAGAGAAGAAAAAUUGGCCAAUAGCUGACUGGUGCAUCCCUAGUAACAGACCAGAAGUCUUUGCGAAAGCUAACUGAGACCAGUUUCCUUCUCGAUUCUAAAGUGGUGAAUGACUUUGCCGCAGAAAACUGCCAACAUUUCGCUACAUCACCACUGGUUUCUCCACAGAAUUAUGUCUGAGAAGAGAGUGCAGAAAGUCCAUACUGAUAAUAAUAAGGCCUCACUAUCCAGAUCUGGUUAGUGCUUCUGAUUGGUUGAAGCAAAUUUUAAGCCAAUCAGAUGCACUACCCAGAUCUGGGUAAUGACGCCUCAUCAGUAUGGAAUUUCUGCUCUCGUUUCUCUGAUGUCAUUUGGCGAGGAAGCCAGUGGUGGCAUCAUGAAAUGUCAGCUGUUCACCAGGGAUGUCGUUAAGAGCCAGCUGCCAGCUAAUUUCACCGGCUGAAAAGAGCUUACCACAGGCUCAAAUUGCUCUGCAAAACAAAGACAAAGGGUAAUUUUGAAGAUGCAGUUGAGUAAAAAAGCUGGCUUGACUAAUAAAAAAGCCUGCUUAUCUUAUCCUUAGCUACUGUACAUCCCUGACAAUGACAGCAGUGCUUUGGAUCAAAGCCCACCAACCUUGAGAGAGGGUUGUUAAAUGCAGUCACAGUGUUACAUUUGCCCCACUGGUUAAAUUGAGCUGCUCAAGAACAGCAGUACAAGGUUGAAACAAUGAGAUUUGUAACAAAGUGACUAGCUAUCGGGAUACAAAUGACCAGCUUUUAAUGCACAAAAACUCUCAUUUACAAUUUUAUUUCUCAAACAAUGGGAUUAUGUCCUUUCCACAGAUAGACCUAGUGGAAUGUUAGAUUUUGCCGGAAAAGCAAAAUGGGAUGCCUGGAAUGGAAAGAAAGGUAAUAUUAAAAAUGUAAACUGGAAUGAUUUUAUUACUUCAAAUGCCUAAAAGCUUUACACCACCAAAGCAAGUCCCAAUAGAAAGAUUAAGAUUCAUGUUUGCCAUUUGGCUUAAAAUGGCAAAUGUCAGAUUCAAGUUGAGAAUUUCUCAGAAUAGAAAAUAAGCAGAUGAAAACUGUCCAGAACAAUUCUUAUGUGUAAAACUGUCAUGAAACUACUUAUUUUUUAGUUGAAGUAAUAACUGUUAAAAUGACAAUUAAGAGAAAAGCAUGGUCACCUGGUAUAAAUUCACGUUUGGCAUAAACGUGAAUUUUAAUCUCUCUAAUAUUAUUGUUCUUGUAGCUUCUGAGAGCAGUUACUGCAUGAAACUUGAUGUCUGUCCUAACAUCCUCUGUCUACUGUUAAAAUACAGAGUUUGACAGGGCUAUCAGAUAUUAGUAAAAUCCAACUAGUGGUCUAUUAUCAAUGCUCCCUUCUGAUUGGUUGAGCUACUACUAGGCUAUACAUGUACUUUUGUUAUAGCCUACUAGUAGCGAAAAGCGCGUGCUUUUUGGUGGCAAAAAGGGAUUCAAGUCUAGCUUUAACUAGCUAAAAUGUUUUUAUUCUCGAUAUUUUUGACCAACUAGUCGGAUUUCACUAAAACAAUAUUAUUAUUCCUCUCGCCCUCAUGACCUCCAUGAGAAACUAGUGUAGAAAUUCCAUACUGAUGACACGUAACUACAUGUACUUAGAUCUGGUAGUGCUUCUGAUUGGUUGAAAAUUUGCUUCAACUAAUAAAUUAUUAGUCAAUUAUUAGAAGCGUUACCCAUAGUAAAGAGACCUGUCGUUAGUAUUGACUUAAUGCAUUCUUUUCUCAGACAUCAUUUUGCAGAGAAACCAGCAGUAGCAUUGCGAAAAUAAACAUCAGCUGUUUUCUUAGGCAAAAAUCAAUAAUGAAGAGAAUGUUUGAUCAAGAAAGUUGCCUCUUAAAGUUAUUGGGUGCACUUUUUGGGAGAAUCCAAAAACUGGUCUGUGAUCUUCUUUGCCACCUAAAAAGUGAUAGGAGACACGUAUAUAUACAAAAUAUACACUUGUAAAUAUACAAAAUAUACACUUCGUCUCGGGCCAAUUAUUAGUCAAAUAGGGUCAGUGUAUAUAUAUUAGAAUGGUGAACAAUAUACAUGUAAUUAUAAGAACUAAAUAAUAAAGCAGAUGAAAGUGAUUGGUAAUUUAUUACAUAGACUGAAUAAACUUGAGCAGACGCUACAUAAGUAUCAAAAAAUGACAACUCGGGCUUUAAAACCUACGAAUAUAAAAAGAUGAGAAGCAUGGAAUUAAUGAUUUGUAACUAAUACUAAUGGCAAAAUGGCAACACUAACAUAGGCUCAGUUAGGAUUUGGAUUUGAUCUGAAGUAUCCACUUAAAGUGUGGACUUAAUGAACUCUUGAUCCAUUUUUGGAUUCAGAAAUAUCUGGAUUUGGAUUUUCCUCUUAAAAUGCACCCAUUAUUCAUCCCGGUAUGGACUGCUAAGGGAACGUUUCUCACUGCACUAACAAUUUGCCGCUGUAGAAUCGAGAAGGAAACUGGGGCGAGUUAACCCUUGCAAAGACUUCUGGGACUGUUAGUGGAGACAGAGAAGAAAAAUUGGCCAAUAGCUGACUGGUGCAUCCCUAGUAACAGACCAGAAGUCUUUGCAAAAGCUAACUGAGGCCAGUUUCCUUCUCGAUUCUAAAGUGGUGAAUGACUUUGCCGCAGAAAACUGCCAACAUUUCCCUACGUCACCACUGGUUUCUCCACAGAAUGAUGUCUGAGAAAAGAGUGCAGAAAUUCCAUGCUGAUAAUCAUAAGGCGUCACUAUCUAGAUCUGGUUAGUGCUUCUGAUUGGUUAAAGCAAAUUUUAAGCCAAUCAGAUGCACUACCCAGAUCUGGGUAAUGACGCCUCAUCAGUAUGGAAUUUCUGCACUCGUUUCCCUGACAUCAUUUGGCGAGGAAGCCAGUGGUGGCAUCAUGAAAUGUCAGCUGUUCACCAGGGAUGUCGCAAGCUGCCAGCUAAUUUCACCGGCUGAAAAAGAGCUUACCACAGGCUCAAAUUGCUCUGCAAAACAAAGACAAAGGGUAAUUUUGAAGAUGCAGUUGAGUAAAAAAGCUGGCUUGACUAAUAAAAAAGCCUGCUUAUCUUAUCCUUAGCUACCAUACAUCCCUGACAAUGACAGCAGUGCUUUGGAUUAAAGCCCACCAACCUUGAGAGAGGAUUGUUAAAUGCAGUCACAGUGUUACAUUUGCCCCACUGGUUAAAUUGAGCUGCUCAAGAACAGCAGUACAAGGUUGAAACAAUGAGAUUUGUAACAAAGUGACUAGCUAUCGGGAGACAAAUGACCAGCUUUUAAUGCACAAAAACUCUCAUUUACAAUUUCAUUUCUCAAACAAUGGGAUUAUGUCCUUUCCACAGAUAGACCUAGUGGAAUGUUAGAUUUUGCUGGAAAAGCAAAAUGGGAUGCCUGGAAUGGAAAGAAAGGUAAUAUUAAAAAUGUAAACUGGAAUGAUUUUAUUACUUCAAAUGCCUGAAAGCUUUACACCACCAAAGCAAGUCCCAAUAGAGAGAUUAAGAUUCACGUUUGCCAUUUGACUUAAAAUGGCAAAUGUCAGAUUCAAGUUGAGAAUUUCUCAGAAUAGAAAAUAAGCAGAUGAAAAUUGUCCAGAACAAUUCUUAUGUGUAAAACUGUCAUGAAACUACUUAUUUUUUAGUUGAAGUAAUAACUGUUAAAAUGACAAUAAAGAGAAAAGCAUGGUCACCUGGUAUAAAUUCACGUUUGGCAUAAACGUGAAUUUUAAUCUCUCUAAUAUUAUUGUUCUUGUAGCUUCUGAGAGCAGUUACCGCAUGAAACUUGAUGUCUGUCCUAACAUCCUCUGUCUACUGUUAAAAUACAGAGUUUGACAGGGCUAUCAGAUAUUAGUAAAGUCCAACUAGUGGUCUAUUAUCAAUGCUCCCUUCUGAUUGGUUGAGCUACUACUAGGCUAUACAUGUACUUUUGUUAUAGCCUACUAGUAGCGAAAAGCGCGCGCUUUUUGGUGGCAAAAAGGGAUUCAAGUCUAGCUUUAACUAGCUAAAAUGUUUUUAUUCUCGAUAUUUUUGACCAACUAGUCGGAUUUCACUAAAACAAUAUUAUUAUUCCUCUCGCCCUCAUGACCUCCGAGUCAAUAGCCCAUUCGGGCGCGAGGAAUAAUUGUUAAUUAGCAGUUUUGUUUGUUUUAAAACUAUGCAACAGGCCCCAGACCAAGUUGUAGAAAGUAAGAUUAACUGUUUUGUUUACCUCAGUGAGCUAACUAUACUUCUGAUUGUAUGUUUAAUAAUCUGUUGAACCUCCCAUAAGGAGCCACUCAAGAUGUGAAGAUUUAGUGGUUGCUUACAAUAGGUGGUCACUUAUGAGGAUCAAACUGCAGGGGAUCUCUUCCGUAAAUAGGUUCCGACACAUCUACUUUUUGGCACAGAAUAUAUUUUUUUUAGUUUAUGUUUGUUACUGAAAGUUUUUCGUAUACUCUGAGCGGAGCUUUACAUAAAGCAAACAAGGAGACCACACCAUGGGUCAAGUGGCACUUGCAAGAGUUUUGAAAAACAGUGAGGAACUAUAAAACCAACUGGCCAAAAAGUUGUUGCGAUAGCCUUUGAAAGGUGGUUGUUUACAAGAGGUUUUAUUGUAGGGUUUUGACUAGGAGAGUCUUUCUCAAAUCAUAACAUAGGUCACACAUAUGCAUUUCAUUUUCAUUACAUUACUCUUAUUUUUUCUUCUUAUUAUUAUUAUUAUCAUCGUCAUCAUCAUCAUCAUCAUCAUCAUUAUAAAAAAAAUUAAAUAAAGGGGAUUGUUUUCUUUCUUGUUUUCUCAGGUAUGAGCAAGGAAGAUGCUGAGGCUGCCUACAUCGCAAAAGUGGAAGAGCUUAAAAAAUCUUGCAGUUGA